GACUUAUUGUCAUUUGCUUGUAUUCCUGGGAUGUAAGUUGUAAACCCGAAAAUCAGUGAAAUAUCUUAAAAAGCAAAUGAUGCCUUUUGGCAUUAAUCAUGACCGCUCGCCCAGUUGCGCAGCUGGGUGCGUCGGAGUCGAGACUGACGUCCAGGCGAGGUGUGUCCCGCCGGGCCCCGCGUGUGGCGGAGGUCACAGUGGACCUGCCCUGUCCCCCGCGUCGCUGGGCGACCCCUCCUGUGACGUGGCCGUGCUCCUCGGUGUCCCCCGGCGCUGCGGGGGCUUCCUCAUCACAGGACACUGAACCGGCAGGGACGAUGAUUGUCCUCGGCUGGCUCGUGUUUAUAUGUGGUCAGACUCUGGGAUCACUUUUACAGUCAUCCCCUCUUGAAGACGACCUGUUUGAUGUUGCGGAUGUGGAGGACGCACUGAUCUCCUUGAAUAAAAAGGAGAAAGAGCUAUCCUCUGAAAACAGUCUUCGCUCUGUGCAAUGUGAAGACACUGCUCGAAAAGAAAGCAAUGGACUCAACUUUUCCUCUGAGGCUCCUGGACCUUCUUCCAAGAGGACUCGGACAUCCCAUGAUGCUAACGGAUCAGAUACUCCUUCCAAGCAGUCUCCCCAGUCUGCUGGACCUUCUUCCAGUACUAGAACUGAGAUAUCCCACGGCGCUACUGGAUCAGACACCCCCUCUAAGUCUGCUGUAGGAGAGGCACUGGCAGUGUAUCAUUCCUACCUCAGACUCGAACCUGGAGUGCAGCAUGGAAAAAACGACACCGUUCCUAAAACUGGAAACGUAGACAAAAGCAGUCAAGGGGCCAGAGCAGGCUGCGCUGAGUCUGUGCAGACAAAAAGGGAUGACAGGCAAAACACAGCAAUCUCUGAGAAACAGAAGCUGGCAGCCCAUGAGGCAAAGAAGAGUAACCAGCAGAAGGACACUAAGAUGAACACAGCUGGAAAUGCUAUGGAGACAAAGAGAGAGAAUGUUAAAGGAACUGGCAAGACUGGCAAAAUCAUGCUGGAAUCCCCACAGGAAGCCAAUACUUUAACGGAACCAAGAGCACAAGCUGCUGUUGCAGCUGGACCUUCCUUCUCUCCAGGAACAUCCAUUUCUGACACUUUAACUCAGGGAUUUUUUGAUAGGAACAUACUCAGGGCUUCUUUGCAGUGGAGGAGCUCCUUCUCCCCUGCCGCAAAAGCUAGACAGACCCUGAGCAGCGUGAGAAACAGUCUGCCUGGACAAACUAUGUUGUCUCGCCUAGACUCUGUCAAAACCAGUUUUAAAAACUUUCUGAAUACUGGAGUGCCAUCCGGUUUUGAAACUACUGGACAGACCCAUGAGGCUCCACAUUCCAGUCAGAGAGCUGACCAUGGAUUGCAACCUACUGGAACCGUCAGAAGUGCAUCAAACUCCACUCGCAUGGCAGGGAGAGCUUCAGCUUCUCCUGCGACUGAAAUACCUUUGGUUGAUAUUCGGCCUGGAUAGAUUCAGUUCUGCUCAACAGGCAAGGCAGUCUUCUAGCUCUGCUGACAACUGCUGAAGAAACAAUCAGCAGUUAAUAACUAUUGUCAAGUUAAAGAAAAUAAAGAAUCUUUUUUUGUUCAUCUUGAUUA